AUACAUAUUCGAGUCCUGCACGCCAUUCAGUGUUAAUUUUUGGACUUGUCCUCUGCAACUUCAGUGCUCUGCACGCAUAUGCCAUAACAAUUCAUAAUCCACCAGCAAAACCCAUCAUCCUCUGCUUCUUCUCUCUUGCUCUAAUCUCAUCUGGUCAGUGUGUAGCAGCAAUGUCUGAGAAAAUAAAUGCCGAGGAUAUUUUGAACAACAUUGUGGGCACACUUGCUGAUAAAAAACAGAAACCUGGUUCUUUUUUUGGGGAAGACACAUCAAGCUCAGUCACUACUCAGUUCAACUUCAACCGGCUGUUUGGACGCCAGAAACCUGUCCACCACAUUCUGGGUGGAGGAAAAUCUGCUGAUGUCUUGUUGUGGAGGAACAAAAAAAUUUCGGCUAGUUUUUUAACUGCUGCGACUGUUGUGUGGGUGCUCUUCGAAUGGCUCAAUUAUCAUUUCUUGACUCUUGUGGGGUUUGCUUUGGUUCUUGGCAUGAUUGCUCAGUUUCUGUGGUCAAAUUUUUCGGGCAUGAUUAACAGGUCCCCAUCUAAAGUACCUCGACUUGUUCUGCCUAAGGACUUAUUUGUCAAUAUUGCCGUCUCAAUUGGUGCUGAAAUUAAUCGAGGGUUGGCAUUUGUUCAAGAUGUGGCAUGUGAAGGAAAUGUGAAGCAAUUUCUUGUGGUUGUAGUAAGCUUGUGGAUUGCUGCUGUGAUAGGAAGCUGGUGCAAUUUUCUGACCGUUGUGUACAUUGGUUUUGUUGCUGCUCACACAUUGCCGGUUCUGUACGAGAGAUAUGAGGAUCAGGUUGACAACUUUGUAUAUCAGGUCCUCGGGCAGCUUCAACACAAUUACCGGAAGUUGGAUACUGGCGUCCUCAGCAAGAUCCCUAGUGCAAAGCUGAACUGGAAGAAGUACGAAUAGUUUCAUUUAGCAACGCAAAUGAUAUGUCCCCGAUAUCUCUGGAGUUGAGUGGAUUAUCAUGUUCCAAAAGAGGUAAAUGUAGGGGUAAGAAAAACUGAAUAUUACUGUUGUAGGGACAGAAACCAGACAGUCGUUUGAUUAUUACUGAAGCAUGUAUAUUGUUCUUGAGAAGUUCCAAAUGCAACUGCCAUUUAAUCA